AAAAAAAAAAAAAAAAAAAAAAAAAAAAGAAAAAAAAACGAAGGAAACCCAAUAAGCAGCGAUCGAAGCUUUAACUCAAGAAGAGCGAAAAGCUCAGACAUUCAAAUCCGACGGCAAUACGAGAAAGCCACAAAAGAGAAUCCAAGAUUUUUGGGUUCAUACAAUCGAAGACACAGACACGAACUAAGGAACCGAACAAGAUUCAUUUUAGUUUCGUGGAGUUGGCGAGAGUCUCGUUGCGCUGUUUUCUUCUUCUUCUUCUUGGAGAGAGAGUGGUAUGAUUUGGUGGCCUCAAAGCUAGGGUUUUUUGAAUACCGAAUCAGAAAGGUUGAAACUUUGAGGGCUUUUGUGUGAGUUGGUCUGUGGAUAUGUUCUUUAGGGUUUUAGUUCUGAGGGAGAUGAGAUUUGUUGCCUUUGCAUUGUAUGGAUUUGGGAAUUGCUAGUUCUGGGUCGUACAUAAAUCAGUUUGCAUUUGUUUGGUGUGAAGGACUAUAGAAUUUGAGAGAGUGCGUCUGUGCACUCUCCCCCCCACUGUACAUCUGGUUUUUGUUGUAGAAGAAGAAACAAAAAAAGUAAGUUUUGGUGAGAGUAAUUAUGCAACGGUCUCAAGAUACGAGGGUUGAUUUGGGUGAAUUGAAAGGGCAAAUUGUGAAGAAGAUUGGGGUUGAGAGAUCGAGAAGGUAUUUUUAUUAUCUAGGCAGGUUUCUAAGUCAGAAGCUUACUAAGAGUGAGUUUGAUAAGACAUGUUCAAGGUUGUUAGGGAGGGAGAAUCUUUCUCUACAUAACCAGUUGAUCCGUUCUGUCUUGAGAAAUGCGUCUGUUGCCAAGUCCCCACCACCAGAUCACGAAGCUGGUCAUUCGACUAAACCUUUGGCGAAUGCUUUUCAGAGUAGAAGAGAUGGUCCUGAAGAAAGUGGAUCUUUGAUACCUAACCAUAACCAGAAUGAAGGUGUAUGGUCCAAUGGCGUUUUGCCCAUCUCUCCACGGAAAGUUAGGUCGGGACUGCGUGACAUGAAGACCAGAGAUAGGCCUAGUCCACUAGGGUCAAACGGGAAGGUCGAACAUAUGUUGCAUCAGCCAAGUUGUAGAGAUGACAAUAGAGGUAGUAGUGUUGGUAUGGAAAACGGGGAUUUGAGUCAAUUUGAUUAUCAAAGAUCAGGCAGAUAUGGUGCUGAUGAAAGUUCAGCUAGCGUCGGUGGCUCUCGUAGAACGGUUCCUGUUUCGACCAGCGCUGACGUAAAUAGUUGUUAUGACAGUGAUGGAUUACCUGAUAUAGAGAUGCUAAAGAAAAGGAUGGAGAAUAUUGCAGUAGCACAGGGUCUUGAAGGGGUUUCAAUGGAGUGUGCUAAGACGUUGAAUAACAUGUUGGAUGUGUAUCUGAAGAAUCUGAUGAAAUCAUGCUUUGAUUUGGUUGGAGCCCGGUCCAAUAAUGGUGAUCCUGGGAAACAAACUAUAGACAAGCAGCAGUGUCAAAACAAGAUUGUAAAUGGUGUGUGGCCAAGUAACAGUUUGCAAAUACAAACUCCCAAUGGGCCUUCUGACGUAACACAAGAUCAUCAUUCUGUGUCUCUGCUUGAUUUUAGAACUGCCAUGGAGUUAAAUCCACAGCAGCUUGGCGAAAACUGGCCAAUCCUCCGAGAGAAAAUUUCCAUGCGGUCUUUCGAGGAACAAGACUUUGAGGUGUGAUGCAUGCAAGUUGAUGUUACAUAUUGUCUGAUUCAGCCUGCUCUUGUCCAAGAGGGGACAACUAAUUUUUGGAUGCAAAAAGAUUUACUGUGUAGUUCCACAAUGAACCAGAAAGAGAUGAAGUUAUGAGUUCUGAGCUGAAAAGCACAUCAUUAUGACUGCAGCAGCAAGUUAGUAGAUUAUUAAAAAUGGAACUAAUCUCAAAGAACCGUAUAAAGAUACGUGUUGUUGGUUGCCAUGUUGUAAGAUUAGCGGUAAUUGGCAAUCUCAAAGAGUUUCGAGCUUUGUGUGUAAACCCGAGGCAAAUAAGGGAAUUGGGGAGACAGUUUUGGCAGAGAUACUGUGCUUUCAAGUCGGUGCAAGGUACAAUGUCAAUCAUGUAAUAGCUGCAGUUUGCUCUGUAUGUAACCUAGUCUUUUAGCAUUGUUUAGAAUUCAUAUCUUAAUAACAAAUUUGACAUCCGUUUUUGUUUUCUCAUUUUAAUGGAAAUUUUCUCUCUUACGAAGUCCACAAUA